UGUUUCGCAGACUGGCACUCAAGCCACUGAGCCACACCAGCCACUGCUCCAUUUAAAUUUUUGCACACACUUUCAUGCUGUGCUCUGUUCUCUAAACUGUAGCAUUGGGCAGGAAGUUCACUGAAAUGGAUGUUGCCCCAUGUGUCUUAUUAGAGUAAUAAGUAUCACCUAGCAAUUUGAUAUGAAUAAGAGAAAAAUCUCCCUGGCCAAAUUCUCUCUGUAUAUUCAGUUGGUUGUAAAUAAACUUUACUCGAUAUUUAUCCCCAGGAAGCAAGAACUGAAAAAAUGACAGCCAAAAGGAAGGAUGGAAAUACCUCUUCAGAAGUAGUAGAUCCUGUCUAGCACCCAUGAAGUGGCUUUUGUAAGCCAGAGUUUUUUAGGUGAAAACAAAGCAAAAAACUCUUCCUGUGAGCCAAACAUGGGGGUAUCAUGCCAGUUCUAUUAUGGAAUAUCUAUGCAUGGUCCUGGGACUGGACCAAGUGUGACUUGUAGAGUUAAUGAUUACCCCAGCAAACUACUUGGUUCCACUGGGCUGCAUGCAGUUCACCUGCAGAGGAGUUUCCAGGAACCAGCAUGUUUCCUUUGCUUGUUGGGGCUGGACUGGUGGUUCUGAACCUGGUGGCCUCUGCUAGGAGCCAGAAGACGGAACCCCUUAGUGGCUCCGGGGACCAGCCACUCUUCCGAGGAGCAGAUCGGUAUGACUUUGCCAUUGUGAUCCUUCCAGGAGGCGCAGAAUGCUUUUGGCAAUUUGCCCACCAGACUGGAUACUUUUAUUUCAGUUAUGAGGUUCAGCGGACACUGGGAAUGUCACAUGACCGGCAUAUUUCUGCCACUGCACAUACCCCACAAGGUUUUCUCAUAGAAACCUCUCAGAAUGUUCGGGGCCAGAUUAACUUCCAUACCCAAGAGACAGGUUUUUAUCAACUUUGUCUAAAAAAUCAGCAAAAUCACUUUGGUUCUGUGCAAGUGUACCUCAAUUUUGGAGUCUUCUAUGAGGGGCCUGAGAUGGACCACGAACAGAAGAGUGAAAGAAAACAACUGAAUGAUACUCUGGAUGCAAUUGAGGAAAGUACCCGAAAGGUACAGAGAAAUAUCUUUCACAUGUGGCGAUACUACAACUUUGCCCGCAUGAGGAAAAUGGCUGACUUUUUCCUUCUUCAAUCAAACUAUAACUACGUGAACUGGUGGUCGAUAGCCCAGAGCCUUGUUAUUGUUCUUUCUGGGGUCCUGCAGCUGUACUUCUUGAAGCGUCUCUUCAAUGUCCCAAUGACUACAGACACAAAGAAGCCAAGAUGCUAAGCUAAAACAACUACAGUGGCUCUCUCCUUCUGGGGCAGAAACCUGUCAAAGCUUUGGUUAAAUCAGCUUUUUCAAGUUAUUGGGAAAAAUUCAAUUUCUCCUCUUAGGAAGUUUUAGUUUAUUGCUCUCAUCUACAGAGGCAAAAUGGCAAUAAAUAAAUAAAAAUGUGUAAGUUUU